UUUGUGUUCAUCUAUCAUUGUCCGUUCCAUUUUUCCUCAUAUUCACUAUACCAGUUAUGACUGAUUCGAUUGGUCCAGCAUGCACUGGCUGUGAGAACCCUAUUGACGAAGGAUCAGUGAUCGCCUUUGGUGAUUCGCUUUUUCACUUGGACUGGUACGUGAUCUGAUGCUGGACCAUGGUCGUGAACCACGGACCACGAUGAGGUGGAAAGCUUUUUUUGUUAAACGCGUGAUUCCUCCAUUAGCUUUGUUUGUGCCAAAUGUACACAGCCUGUCGACUGUAAUUCCAACUUGUUAUUGUUAACCAGUGGGCGACCUGUGUGCGAAGGAUGUUCGGAUAGUUGUGCCUAUUGUAAGAAAUCUAUUCAAGAUGAAGCAAUUAUGACUGGCAACGAUGCAUACCAUGAUGAUUGUUUCCGAUGUGUGUCAUGCAAAAAACGCAUUGAAGACCUCGUAUUUACUCAGACCAGCAAGGGCAUCUAUUGUACCGUGUGUCACGACAAACGUAAAUUGGAGAAAAUGCGACGACGUGAAGCCAAAGAAAAACGACAAAUUCAACAACAAAAAAUGGCCAUUGAUGCAUCUAAUACUCAGUUGCCCUCGCCGGUCUCAUCACCAACACAGUCUUGGCAUGGAUCACCAUUAUCACCUACAAAUCGCGAAAGGAACCGUUUAUCGGAUGUGUUGGAGAAUCAUCAGGCCGCAAAUCAUCUUCACCCUUUGGACAAUGCAGCGAUCACAGCCGUUCCUUAUCCAUCCCAUCGGUCCCGAAGUAGUUCAGUCGAUAAUACCACCCGAGCCAUCCGUCUCAACAGUAUCACCCAACCACUGCCUUCUCGGUCCGACGUGAUCAGUAGUACCCAUAAACACGCCACCGCUCCUGUGGAGAAGCCACCAUCCAAGUUACGGUCGCUUCAACCUGUAAAGAACGACAAACGCACCUCAUUUGAUUUCGCAUUACCGGAGAUCCCAUCCCUGAAUUUCUCCUUUUUUGACAACGAUUCAGCCGAACUGGCGAAUCUCACAAAAACGUUGGGCGCAAGUUUGGCGCUCGAUUUCAACAAUAAAUCCAAAUCGACCGAUAACAAAAUAGCCAAAGCAUCAGAAUUGCUUCAGUCGUCAUUGGAUGAUGCUGAUCUGGAGGCUUUUCCUGCCACGCCGGCUUCCCGUUCCCCUGCGGCAGCGACCAAUCGGUCUCGAUCUAAUACGGCCGUGUCCGAUCUCAAUACCGCCAACCAGAAAAUCGCAAGUCUGGAAGCCAACAUGAGCCGUUUGAAAGAAGCGAGCAAACGUGCUCUCGAUGAGUUUUCCAAAGCCAAAGCAGAUUACGCCAAGGAAGUUGAGCUUCGUCAACAACAUGAAGCAUCCGUUAGCCGAUUACGCCAGCAGCUUUUACUAACGCAACAAGCGCGAUCAUUGACGCGGGAAGGAUUUUCUACCCAGGAAAAGCAAGACAUUGAAAAGUUGGCCCAAUUUCACGUUGAAUUGCAGAAAAGCUGUCAGCAACUAAAGGCCUACCGUACCACUCUGAUGCAGGAUCUCGAAGGAUUUGUCAGGGAAAAGCAAGCCAAUCUAGCGAGUGUAAUCAGUCCUGUUUCCCAUUUGCAAGAACAGCAGAAAGCGCUCAGGGCAGAAAUCAAGUCGCUAAUUAUGGAAAGAGACUUACUGAAAGGAGAAACUCAGAAUCUUGACAAAGUCCGCGAAGAUAUUCUCAACGAGAUGGUGAUGCUGAAUACGAAAAAUGCCGAACUCAGCGAAAUGAACAAUGACUUGUCACGACGUGUGACGGAGCGUGAACGAGAAGCAGCCGCAGUGAUGGCAGGGACUUCCUUCUUGCAUUCACCGACGUCCAGUAUCUCCAGCGAAAUGGCAUCCCCGGUAUCGAUGCAACGCAAGUCGUCCGAAACAUCCAUCACGCGAAAUAUCGCCGCACGCGACAGUUUCAACGGUACUCAGGCCCCCAAGAUGUUCAAAAUCAAAAAGACCAAUGUGUUUGGUAAAUUUGCCAACAAACCAAACAAGAUCGAUUCGAUAGCCUCCAUGAGUACCGACAGUUUGGUCAGUGCAGGAUCUCCCGUGAAUUCCCGUGACAAGCGAAAACCAUCCCAGGAUUUACUGAUCCAUCACGGCUCGCACGCUUUCCAGCCCACCUCGUUCCUUCGUCCCGUUCGUUGCGAUGGAUGCGGUGAGAAAAUGUGGGGCUUAUCGGGCUAUCGGUGUCAAGAAUGUGGUUAUGCCGCUCACACGCGGUGCCUCAGUCACGUCCCGCAAUUGUGUUACGCCGGUACCACCAGCACACUGGAUCUGGCUUCCUCUCCGUCGGAAACUGAUUUAACAAGGACGCUCUUUGGCACCGAUUUAUCCGCCCAAGUGGCUCGCGAAGAUCGAACGGUGCCUUUGCUGGUGGAAGAAUGUAUUGCUGCAGUGGAAAGUCGAGGCAUGAAUUAUGAAGGCAUUUACCGCAAAUCGGGUGGAGCCGCGCAAAUGCGAGCGAUCCAGUUGGCGUUUGAGCAAGGCGAUCCUAUCCAGCUCAACAAUGCCGAAGAGUUUAACGAUAUUUGUGCCGUCACCAGCGUCCUGAAACAAUACUUUCGAGAAUUACCUAAUCCUCUGAUCACCUUUGAACUGUAUUCCACCUUUCUGUCCGCCAUUGCUGAAACCACAGGGCAAGCCAAACUGAAAAGAUUUUCCGAACUUUUAUCGCAACUCCCACACGCCAAUUACGGUACUCUAAAACUUUUGAUCCAACAUUUGCAUCGUGUACAGCAACACAGCAAUGAGAAUUUAAUGACCACGAAAAAUCUGGCCAUGGUUUUUGGACCGACACUGCUUCGAGACAAGGAUGCAGCUCGCGAUUUGGUGGAUAUGUGCUAUAAAAACGCCACCAUUGAGUACCUUAUUACGCAUGCUUUUGAUCUCUUUUCAUAACUCACUCGUUUUCUUCAACUGAAUUUUCUUUUUUUUUUUUUUUACCACCAUAUAGCUUAUACCCUUUUUUGUACUCCUAUCUAGUAUUAUUAUUUAUUUGUUUUUUUUUUC